GUUUAAAGAAGUCUGUGAACUGUGAAGUGUAAACUAUUCAACUAAACCACCGCCCUUGUUCUUACUGGUUUUUUGUAACUUUAUAAACAAAAAUUAUACCGCGUUUUAAAUCUACUCGUCACUUUCCACUGAAUAUUUACAAAUCUAAAAAUUUGUAUCUAAUAUUUUUUUUAGUUGAGCGACCUUUUCGAGAGAACUUCCUUGUCGAUUAUUUGGUUGGAAAUUAAGUUACAACGAUUCGAUUUAUUAAGAUUAUUUGAUUUCAGUAAAAACCGCCUAAAAUGGUUAAUUUAAGUUUUAUAUUGAUGCUAACUCUUAUACAAUUGUAUAUCUAUGUUAGUACAGUGAACUCGUUAGAAUGUUACGUUUGCGAAAACCAAGAAGACAACUCCGAGAAAUGUGCUAAAACUAUUUUGACCUGUGAAUAUAAUCAAGAUGUUUGUUUGACUGAGAUCAAAUGGGGCAGUACACCCUAUUGGUCUCAAGGUGCUAAAAAGCAAUAUUAUGUAUCUAAGAGAUGUUCCAAUAAAACAGAAUGUGCCCUGACAAGACAGCGCUAUAUGCCUUUGUGUACUAACAUUUGGUAUCAAGACUGGGUAUGUUCAGAUUGUUGCCAAGGAGAUCGUUGUAAUUAUUAUAUUAUUAAUGAUGGUUCAAGUAAGAAACCCCUAAAUAUCACGGUACUUGUUGGAGCAGUUUUUACCAUUAUUUAUGGUAUCAGCAAAUAUUAGGAUAUCCAUUUUAGUGAGCAUUUCUUUUGCACAAUAUGAAAUUAUUGAUGUAUCAUAGCUAUAAUGAUAACUAAUUAGAAUAGUAAUGUCUUCACAAUGAUGAAUAUCACUUGCAUACUGAUGUAAUGCGGCAACAUAUGUGUGUGUAUGUGUAGGGUAAAGUUUGUGACCAACACAGUCAGUACUGUGCAUCUGAGUACUCUUGGUUGUACACCUGCUAGAGUUGUAGUUGAGCAAUACUUAAUUUUAAGUUUUUGUAAGCAAUUCCGUCCCAAUAUUUUUAGUAAUAAUGUUAUGUAUGCAUUUUAAUUUUAUUUUGCAUUUUAUUAAAUAAAUUAUUCAUAAGAUAAAAAGAGAUAACUUUAAGUUAGCCUUAGGUGUUGUGUUCUGAUUUUUUGCAAUAAGAUUAUUGUCUAAAUAACUAAAUGACUGUUACCUCCGUCCUUUUUUACAAUUGAUUUAAGAGCAAAAUAUAUUUUUUAAAUUCUU